UGCAGAUUAUCUUCCUGGGAAACAUCACUCUUUAUAUGUAAAGACUGUCUCGCUGAGUUGCUGCAACCGAGUUUAGAAUGUUACUUGACUUGUGAUUCUGAUGGAGGAAUAACCAGAUCUCAGGCUGCUGCACUGGAAGACUUUACAGGAAAUACAAAAUGUCAUCAAAUAGGAGUCAGAACCCACAUGGACUUAAACAGAUUGGUCUUGACCAGAUAUGGGAUGACCUAAGAGCUGGAAUUCAACAGGUUUACACCAGACAAAGUAUGGCAAAAUCCAGAUACAUGGAACUCUACACUCAUGUUUAUAACUACUGUACUAGUGUACAUCAGUCUAAUCAAGCACGGGGAGCUGGAGUACCUCCUUCUAAAUCGAAAAAGGGCCAGACACCUGGAGGUGCUCAGUUUGUUGGCUUGGAAUUGUACAAACGGCUAAAAGAAUUUCUGAAGAACUACUUGACAAAUCUCCUUAAGGAUGGUGAAGAUUUGAUGGAUGAGAGUGUGCUGAAAUUCUACACUCAACAGUGGGAAGAUUAUAGGUUUUCAAGCAAGGUAUUGAACGGGAUAUGUGCCUACCUCAAUCGACAUUGGGUUCGUCGUGAGUGUGAUGAAGGUCGUAAAGGAAUAUAUGAAAUUUAUUCACUUGCCUUGGUGACCUGGAGAGACUGCUUGUUCAGGCCAUUAAAUAAGCAGGUAACAAAUGCUGUGUUGAAGUUGAUUGAAAAGGAAAGAAAUGGUGAAACUAUCAAUACAAGGCUUAUCAGUGGAGUCGUACAAUCUUAUGUGGAGCUGGGGCUGAAUGAAGAUGAUGCAUUUGCAAAAGGACCUACACUAACUGUCUAUAAAGAAUCCUUUGAAUCUCAGUUUCUUGCUGACACAGAGAGAUUUUAUACACGAGAAAGUACUGAAUUCUUGCAGCAGAACCCAGUCACAGAGUACAUGAAGAAGGCUGAAGCUCGCCUUCUUGAGGAACAGCGUAGAGUUCAGGUAUAUCUCCAUGAGAGCACACAAGAUGAGUUAGCACGAAAAUGUGAGCAAGUACUUAUUGAAAAACACCUGGAGAUAUUUCAUACAGAGUUUCAGAAUUUGUUGGAUGCUGACAAAAAUGAAGACUUGGGACGCAUGUAUAACCUCGUAUCUCGAAUUCAGGAUGGCCUUGGAGAGCUGAAAAAACUUUUGGAAACCCACAUUCAUAAUCAGGGUCUAGCUGCAAUCGAGAAAUGUGGAGAGGCUGCUCUAAAUGAUCCAAAAAUGUAUGUACAGACAGUGUUGGAUGUCCAUAAGAAAUAUAACGCUUUAGUCAUGUCUGCAUUCAACAAUGAUGCUGGCUUUGUGGCUGCACUAGACAAAGCUUGUGGUCGAUUUAUAAAUAAUAAUGCAGUGACAAAAAUGGCUCAAUCAUCCAGUAAAUCCCCAGAGCUACUGGCACGAUACUGUGACUCUUUACUAAAGAAAAGCUCAAAGAACCCAGAAGAAGCAGAAUUGGAAGAUACACUUAAUCAAGUG